AUGCCCUCAAGCAGCCCCCAAUACCACAUCCUCCCCCGAACAUCCACCGACUCCCUCUCCCCCGACGAAUUCAAAGACAAACCCCUCCGUCGGCCUCGAAACAGCUAUCUACGCACCGUCCGACGAGCAUGUCGUCUCUGUCUCCGACCUAUCUACCUCCUCCCUCUCCUCACCAUCUUCCUCCUCUGGCAGCUCCUCCUCAACGCCUCCUACACCUCUCCUCCACCCUUCACAGUCCCAGCGCACGAACGCGUCUACAUCGCCGCGAACAUCAUCGAUGGAGAUCUGAUCACCGGGGCAUGGGGGCGCAGUCUACUGCAACUCGUCGAUUUGAUCGGGAAGGAAAGAGUGUUUGUUAGUAUCUAUGGCGGGCCGACGCAGGCGCUGGAACAGCUAGGUGGCAUGUUAGAAUGCGAACACGCUUUAGUAUCCGAGUCGGAGAACCCUUUAGACAUGGCUAGUCUGCCGCGGACGAAACUCCCUACGGGGGAAUCACGAGUUAAGCGGAUUGCGUAUCUUGCGGAAGUCAGGAAUAAAGCACUUAUUCCAUUGCAAACUGGGAAAGCUGGGGACUUUGAUAAAGUGCUAUUUAUCAACGAUGUAUAUUUUGAUGCAGCAGAUGCGACAAGAUUAAUCUGGGGCACGAAUGUAGACGAGAAAACCGGGAAUGCAAUGUACAAAGCAGCCUGUGGAGCAGAUUUCGUCGGGUGGUGGAAAAUGUACGAUACCUUUGCGACGCGCGACGCAGAGGGCUACAGCAUCGGCGUGCCCAUCUUCCCCUGGUUCGCAGGCGAAGGCGAUGCGAUAUCACGCAACGACGUACUCGCCGGCAAAGACGCCGUACGUGUGAAAUCCUGUUGGGGAGGCAUCACCGCAUUCGACGCGCGUUACCUCCAACCGCAAAUCUCCUCGCCAAACCUCCCGCUGAAAUUCAGGAGCGAGCCGGAACCGUUUUGGGAUUCCUCGGAGUGCUGUCUGAUUCAUGCGGAUAUCAUGGCGUUACCUUCAUUUCCUACGAGUCCGGCGAUAUGGGAUGAGUUGAAUGGAUAUGAUAAGGGUAUCUACAUGAACCCACAUGUUCGUGUUUCCUAUGAUGCAGGCACCCAAUCACGCCUCCACUUCGCCCGCCGCGUUGAGCGGCUUUUCUCACCCAUCCAGAGACUCGCGAACUGGCUUGCUAAAAUGCCUGUAUUUAACGCGAGACGCACGGAGAUUGAGGGCGAAAUAAUUGAAGACAAGGUGUGGGUUUCAAGUAUGGCACCCCCUCCAACAUCACGCUCUGCACAUGCAAAGAGAGCCACCAUCAAAGGCACACCCCGCAUGGACGACGCAUACUGGCAUGCCAAAGGCCACUACGUGACGGCGAACCGCACGGCCACCCGCGGUGCGUAUUGUGGGGUGCGACAGCUUCUGGUGGUUAAAGAGGUCGUCGGGGAGGGCGAGGGGAAUUGGGAUAAUCUUAUGUAUGAGGUGCCGCCUUUGGGGCUGUAG